AUCGUCCAAUCACAUUCAGGGGAGAGUUCGCAGGUGAUCAAAGGGUCCAGGUAGAAAGAGCAGGGUCACCUGAACCCAGCUGUCUGCCCAUGAAGAGUGAUCAUUCAAUGGAUCGUCCGAUCACAUUCAGGGGAGAGUUCGCAGGUGAUCAAAGGGUCCAGGUAGAAAGAGCUGGGUCACCUGAACCCAGCUGUCUGUCCAUGAAGAGUGAUCAUUCAAUGGAUCCUCCGAUCACAUUCAGGGGAGAGUUCGCAGGUGAUCAAAGGGUCCAGGUAGAAAGAGCAGGGUCACCUGAACCCAGCUGUCUGUCCAUGAAGAGUGAUCAUUCAAUGGAUCGUCCGAUCACAUUCAUGGGAGAUUUUGCAGGUGAUCAAAGGAGACUGCGGUCUCUCCAGUCCUGCUCUUUAGAAGAGACGAGUUCAGAGAAAUUAUAUUUCACAAGACAGUCUCUCCUGCGCACUUUGAUGAAGCUGAAGAAGGAUGAGAAGUUGAAACAGUUUCAGAGCCAUCUGAGUCAGGAUUGCCCAGAAUGCUUAAAGAGUCUGUCUGAAGAUCCUUCUGUACUGGUUAAGUUUAUGAAGAUGAAGGAAUUGUUCAAAAGUCAUCGAAUUGAAGAUUACCCAGAAUGCAUUGAGAGAGAGCAGAAGGAUCCUGAGGUCCUGUACAUAGUUGACAAGUUGCUGGAGACCUGUGGCAGUGAGAGGUCUCUGAAGAUCACACUCCACAUCCUGAGGAACAUGAAGCAGAAGGAUCUCACUGACUCACUGGAGAGAGAUGAGCAGCGCAAUAAAUCCAUAAAAAUAGCCCAGAAGGCACUUAAAGCUCAUCUAAAGAGGAAGUUUGAAUGCAUAUUUGAAGGUUUAGCAAAGCAGAGCAACCCAACCCUCCUCAAUGAGAUCUAUACAGAGCUCUACAUCACAGAGGGGGGAAGUGGGGGGGUCAAUAAUGAACACGAGGUCAGACAGAUUGAGACAGCAUCCAAGAGACAAACCACACAGGAGACUGCAAUCCCCUGCAAUGACAUCUUUAAGCCUUUACCUGGACAAGAGGAACCCAUCAGAACUGUGCUUACAAAGGGCAUCGCUGGCAUUGGGAAAACUGUCUCUGUGCAGAAGUUCAUUCUGGACUGGGCAGAAGGAAAAGCCAAUCAGGACAUUGAUUUCAUCUUCACUCUUCCUUUCCGAGAUCUUAAUUUGAAAAAGGAAAGAGAAUUCAGUCUGAUGCAACUUCUGCAGCACUACCUUCCACAACUGAAAGAGAGCCAAAGUGUUGAAGGUGAUGAGGUCAAAGUGGUGUUUAUCUUUGAUGGUCUGGAUGAGUGUCGACUUCCUCUAGAAUUCCAAAGCAAUAAGAAGUGCUGUGAUAUAACAGAAUCAUCAUCAGUGGAUGUGCUGCUGACCAACCUCAUUAAGGGGAAUCUGCUUCCCUCUGCUCUCCUCUGGAUCACCUCCCGACCAGCAGCAGCCAAUCAGAUCCCUCCUGAGUGUGUCCACCGAGUGACAGAGGUACGCGGGUUCAAUGACCCACAGAAGGAGGGGUACUUCAGGAAGAGAAUCAGAGAUCAGAACCAGGCCAGCAGAAUUAUCUCACACAUACAGUCAUCCAGGAGUCUCUACAUCAUGUGUCACAUACCAGUCUUCUGCUGGAUUUCUGCUACUGUUCUGGAGACAAUGUUGGGUGAAACAGAGAGUGGAGAUCUGCCCAAAACUCUGACUGAAAUGUACACACACUUUGUGCUCAUUCAGACUAAUGUGAAGAGUCAGAAGUAUCAUGGCACUGAUGAGACAGACUCAAAGAUGAUGUCAGCAUCAGAUACAGAAAUCAUCCUGAAACUGGGGCAGCUGGCUUUUCAACAGCUGGAAAAGGGCAAUCUGAUAUUCUAUGAAGAGGACCUGAGAGAGAGUGGCAUUGAUGUCAGUGAAGCUUCAGUGUACUCUGGGGUGUGCACAGAGAUCUUUAAAGAGGAGUGUGGGUUGUAUCAGGAGAAGGUCUACUGCUUUGUGCAUCUGAGCAUUCAGGAGUAUCUGGCUGCCUUAUUUGUGUUUCAUUCAUGUGUAAAUGAGAACAUAAAUGUACUUGGAGCAGAAGAAUCUGAACUUCACAGUGACAGAGUGCAGCUGUCUGAGUUACACAGGACUGCAGUGGAUCAGGCCUUACAGAGUAAGAAUGGACACCUGGACCUUUUCCUCAGAUUCCUUCUUGGCCUCUCUCUGGACUCCAGUCGGAUUCUCUUCAGAGGACUACUGACACAGACAGGAAGCAGAUCACCUGUACCAGACCUACAGACACAGACAGGAAGCAGAUCACAGAGCAUUGAGAAAACAGUCCAUUACAUUAAGGAGAGGAUCAGAAAGGAAUCUUCAGCAGAGAGGACCAUAAAUCUGUUCCACUGUCUCAGUGAACUGAAUGACAACUCCCUAGUGGAGGAAAUCCAGAAUUCCCUGAGAUCAGGAAAACUUUCUGAUAACAAGCUGGAACCACACCAGUGUUCAGCUCUGGCCUUUGUGUUACUGAUGUCAGAGGAGGUCCUGGAUGAGUUUGACUUGAAGACCUACAACACAGCAGCAGCAGGUCAUCAGGUCAGACUGGUACCAGUGGUCAGGAACUGCAGGAAGGCCAUACUGAACAACUGUGACCUCAGAGCGUUGUCCUGCGAUAUUGUGGCCUCAGCUCUCCAGUCAUCAAACUCAACCCUGAGAGAUCUGGACCUCAGCUACAAUAACCUGAGAGAUUCAGGAGUGAAGCUGCUCUGUGCUGGACUGAUGAGUCCAAACUGUAAACUACAGACACUGGGUGCAUUUCCCGCUCAGGCUCUCUCCCACAUCCAAACCGCCAUUCUGGAGGAGAGGAUAAAGCAGAUGGAGUAGGACACCCUUCAUCACCAGCUAGAGGAGGACUCUCGUGCGGACCUUGAAUAUCAGCGGCUAGAGGCUCAGGCUAAGGAAGCUCAAUGUCUUCAGGAUGAGGCUCUCCAGGCUAAAGAAUCUUUAACCAUACAACUGAAGCCGUCGCUUGAAGAAAGCAGAGUGUGACUGGGAGGUAGCCAAACGUGUCACCACCUUACUCACCGCUGACUCUGAAUCUGCCAGUCCAGAUGUUCCAUUACCUCCUGCUAGUUUCCUGCAUCUUCCUCAGGCUUCUGACAUGGACCAGGCUGAGACCCUUCCUUCCACUCGCCCUCAGCAUUCCACGCCUCGGCAGCCAGAGUUUCCUCCACCAGCUGUGUCAGCCACAUCUAUUCCGACUGCUUCAGCUGCACUGUAGGCACUGCCACAAGUAUAUCGAGACUCAGUGCUGCUGUCUCCUGGAUCUUCUCAGCUGAUGUCACUCACUGUUACAGCAUCUACUGCUCCACGUCCUGCACCCCAUGUGACACAGUAUCUAAAUCCAGCACCCAUGGCAGCCUUUGGGCUACAGCACUCUGUAUCACAUAUUUUCACACUUUUUUUCCCUUGUCAGAAUAAAGCCUAACACUUUACAAUAAGGUCAUGUGACUUCAGUAUGAAUCAAAUUUGUCUCUA